CAGUUCAGGGUGUGUGUCUCAGUCAGCGAUAUGGUCAACACUGUGAUCAGUGGCCUGUAAAGAACAUUAUAUACAUAGCCCGUAACCCCGAGGUAGUAUGUUUACCUGGAAUUCGUCCUUACUCCACACAGAUUAAAAAUCCAGUGAACUCUUGGACCAAAUAUCCCGCGAUUGGUGUAAAGGCGACGAUGUCGGAGAACGGCGCGGCAGGUGGGAUAUCCCGCGAUUCCAUGAUUGACAAGGUCAAAGAAAAUAAGUACGUCUGCACCCUCGAUGAAGAAUCAAUAAAAACUGCUCAGAGAGACCUAAAUGAGAUUCCUUCGGAAAGAGAGAGUCAGCUGGAAGAGUUCCGGAGAUGGAUACGGAGUCACAAGAGCUGGCUAAGAACACCAAUGGAUGCCGUAUUCCUCCUGUCCUUUCUGCGCAUGCGUAAGUUCAGUCAAGUGUUUGCACGUCAAGCUAUCGACCAUUACUGGACGACGCGGACGAAGUACCCGGAUUGGUUGGCGAAUAUAGAUACCCACGACCCAGCUAUUCAGAAAGUCCUGGAAAAUGGGUCCUAUCUUACACUCCCCAAAAGAGAUAAGAAGGGGAGACUAAUCUUGCUGGGACGACCUGGUGUCGUAGACACGUCCAACAAACAUUACACCUCAGAUGACGUCAUCAAGACGGGCCUGGCGUUGUCGGAUUACUUUCUCAUGGACGAACUCACACAGAUUCAUGGGUUUGUGGUUCUCAUGGACUUCACAGGCAUGACCAUGAAACACAUGGGAUUUCAUGGCAUGAACAAAAUGAAGAAAAACGCUGCCAUAUUGUCAAGAAUUUAUCCGAUUCGAACCAAGGAGGUUCACAAUUACAACAUGGGAUCAGUUGGUGAAACACUUUUCAAAAUAACUAGGCCGCUUUUGCCAGAAAAAGUCCAGAAGCGAAUUUUCACCCACUCCUCACUGGUGUCCGUGUACAAAGAAAUCGACAUGUCACAUCUACCUGAAGAGUACCUGCCGGACGAUUACACAGGUCCAAACGCAGGGCCAAUAGAUGCCAUCGUUGAGAACCUUCGGAAAGAAAUGAGCUCACCACGAGUUCGCGAUUGGCUGCUCACAUUAAGCUCAGGAAAGUUCGGAAUAGACGAGUCCCGACGAGUGCGACAGAAAGAAAUACCACAGGAAUCCUUCCGCAUGCUAUCAGAGGCCGAUCAUGAUGAAGUGGCGGAGCUCGGUUUGUGAUACCGCCCAGUGCUGAACAUUCCGCGAAGAAAGCUAGGUUACUGUGAUAUCGAGACAAUAUGCAGUAUACCGUGACUAUCGAUAUUAUCCGGCCCCGUGUGGAAAAUUUUGACUUGCCCCUAAAUUUCAAUGUUACCUCAACGUGUUUUAAUCAUUUGUAACAUUUGUUUAAAUGGUCGACAGAUAUGAAUGCGUGUAUGACUGGUUGCAUCAUAAAGUUUGAUAGGUUUCUGCGGUAUCAGUGAUGAAAGAGAGGUGUGAAAAACUGGCGUGAAUUCAUCAACAUGUGUAUUAGGAAAAUAGGCUGGUGUGACUGUUACAUAUAACAUUUUCAACUAUUCAUUUAAUCCGUAUUUUUACUAUGGUCCCACUCUUGGGAGAUUUUAAAAGGACAGUAAAUCCCACUUGUCACGCAACAUGGCUGUAGGCCUAUAUCACUUGUAGUUAGCUCAUGACUGGUUCAGCUAUAUUUUGAUGUGCCUUGCAGAGUUGUUAUUUAUCGAUAGAUAUUCCCUCUUGCCGACUGUAACAAUAUUUGAUGUACACUUUAUUUACAUUUGAUGAGUUACAUAUUAAUCAUUAUUGUUUGCUAAAGGCAUUGUUAUAUACUUACACCUUUUCCACACAAUCAGCGGGAAUGUUUUGAUUUCUUUCACACCUGCGCAGCAAAUCACUGAGGUCAGUAUUUACACACCAAAUCUGGCUGUAUAUUGAAGUGAAACUUGAUUGACUGAUUGAUUGACAUGUUGAUAUGGCUGAAGUCCACAGUGCUCUAAAAACACAACGCGCUUUACGUUGCACGUGACUCAACAGUGCUUGUGUGCAGUUGAAGCGUUUUAUGGCCACACGUACACGUACAAAUUUAAGAUGUGACGUACAUUGACCGCGUGCGCUGUAGGCCACCAAUUAACUAAAAGUUUCCCAUUUUUCACUUAUAUGACGCUGAAUAAUGUGCUUAUAUAACUGCAUUACAAGGGAGAUUACCGUGGCUUCAUUGUCAACUAAUCGUUACUGGGUUUCUCCUUGGUAUAUCUUUUUUUAUCGGAUAUUGUACGCUAUAAGAUAA